AUGACAUCUUCCCCCGAAAAGGUUGUUUUCAAUGCGGGUGGGACCAAGUACGAGGUGGCGAGAUCCAUUAUUCAAGCCUACCCAAGCACCAUGUUGGCCAAGCUCGUCUCAGAGACGUGGCAGCAACCUGCAAAAGCCAACAAGGAAGUCUUCAUCGAUCGCGACGGCCUUCAGUUUCGGUACGUCCUCUCCUACAUGAGAGACCAGAAAGUGUAUCUGCCCAUGGGAGUCGCCAAGGCUUCGAUCCUUCAAGACCUGGCGUAUUUUGGAUUUGAGAAUGUCCCUGAAGACGCCAUUGGUGGUAGCUGCAACUACGAAGCAGCCGUCCAAGUGCAAAAGUGCAAGCAGAAAUAUGCCACUGCGUCAUCGGAGCUAGACAAAGCCAUCAAAGACAUGCAAACCAAAAAAGAACUCGCCAACCUUGCACGCAAUGCUUACAAUCACGUAAUCAGCAGUACUGAUUUGAUCCUAUAUGCUGGCAAAAGCCUCGUUCUUCAACUGUCUAGUGGCCCUCGCCGACAAGUCGACUAUUUGAAUCAGUGUCUGUCAAAAGGAGGUCUGAAGUUUGUUUCCCCCGAUACGAACGGAAACGUGAGGUUGGCUCCUUUGUAG